AUGAUUCUUGGGUUAAAAACUAAGAAGAAAAACCGCGUCUCGGAUCAGGAUCAUUACGUUGUAUGUGUUAAGGAGAUUAGUCCUUGGGCACCAUUGCAAGCUUCGCCCUUGCCUCAGUCUAUAUUGCUUCAAUGGGAUAAUGGUAAUAAGAAUUCUGGGUCCUUGGUUUCUUGUAAUAGGAAUGGAAAAAUCGAGUUUGGCGAAUCUUUCGGGCUUCCGGUGACUUUAUCUCCGGAAUCAUUUCGUAGGAGCAGCCACCGUGAUAGGUUCCCAAAGAACUACUUGGAGUUCUACUUGUACGAGCCUCGAAGGGACAAAAAUGCAAAGGGUCAUCUUUUAGGAUCUGCUGUUGUAAACCUUGCUGAUUAUGGGGUUAUCAGGGAAACUAUAAGCAUUAGCACUCCUAUUAACUUGAAGAAGAGUUCAAAGAUAAGGAUCGCAGGCCAACCAAUUCUUUAUUUUAAUAUCCGGCCAUUUGAUAAAGGCAGCUCCAGCUCGUCACCAGGAGGCAGCUCUCCAAAUGAACUGUCAUUUGUCAAGGAUGGGAGCAGCUCAUUUUCUGAAUCGAUAAAUGUAGAAACUGAGAGUGCCCCUUUAACUGAUGAUGAUGAUCUUUCCUUACAAUCAUCUCGGACUGUUUCUUCUUCUGUUUUCGAUCCUCGGAGGGAGUCAUAUAGUCAACUUGACAAGAUUGGAUCAGAACCAGUGGAUGGUGGGAUAACAAGGUCUGGGCUCGCUCUUCCUUCUGAUGGAACAUCUGCAAACCAGUUGAUGUCCUCCAAUUCAGAGAAUCUUGUAACUCAUCCUACGGGUAAAGUUUCAUCCUCGGAGGCAUGUGUUGCCAUUCCAGUAGAUAUGAACUCAGAUCAUGUAAAAGAUAAAGACUCCCAAAGAAAAAUAGAGGGUGCUGGAAUAGCCUGGAGACAUGACCAAAGCCAUGUAGACAAAAAUUCAAGUAGUGAUUCACGUGUUGGUCUUUGGAAGGGAAAUGCUGAAAAGUCAUCAUGGGAAGAUGAGCUGGAUAGCCAGAUUUUAGGUCCUGAGGAAUAUUCUCUGCAGGAUAGGUUAGGUCUUAGACAAAAGAACUUGAAACCUGUUCAGUUGCAUGUUGACGAAGCUAAGAGUAAUGGACCCUCAAAGAUCCAGUUCACGGAGAGGGCGGAGGAUAAUUCUAUCCCUGAAAAGACUUCUAAUCGUACCACAAGUGAUAUACUUGAAAACUCAGUUUAA